GCCUAUAAAUAUAUACCUCAUCGACAACCCUCAUAGUCAUAAAUGAACACUCGGCCAAUUUCCAAGACUCUCCCACUCUUUUCACUUGUACUUUCCAGCAUGAGGACUUUUCAUAAGCAAUUUCACAAGCUACUUCUUGCUUCCCUGGUUUGGAUUCAUUAUGUAAUCUUGAUUGCUACCCUCUUCAAACAGGUGGUAUUAAGUUUCUUUCUUUUUCAUUCAUUCUCCAAGCAGCAUUAUGAGCAUGACAUGCCUGAAAUCAGUGAAGAGUUAAGCAUAAACCUCUACAAGUGCAAGCCAGGGACUAGGGAAGAAGUAGAAUGUGCAGUGUGUCUGUGCAAUAUUGGGGAAGAAGAAGAGAUCAGACAGCUGAGAUGUGAUCAUCUUUUUCAUAGAGUUUGCUUAGAUAGAUGGCUUGGAUACAGGCAUUUAACUUGUCCCCUUUGUCGUGGUUCUCUAUUUCCAUGUGCAACCAUUACUGAGUCUGGGGUUAGGGUGGAAGUGUUGCUUUUUAAAUUUUCUUCUUUAAUUUCUGGUGACCGCGAGACAUGGUGGCUACGUUGAAUCAUAGGAAAUAGCAAAAUAUGAUGACAACUUAUUCCUUGUAAUACUCACCCCUGUAUUAAACGUGCCAAAUGCUAAAAGUCAGUCUUUUAUUAAU